AUGAGAGCCGCGGCGGCCUCUGCGAUCCGCAGGCUAUUCCCCCGCUGCAGCAUCAGCAUCGGCAUCAGCGGCAGCGGCAGCGGCGGGUCGCACUGGCACUCACAGAAUCAGUCCCGCUACUACUUUAAUCCCCACUGGGAUUACUCUAAUCGCCUGGCGCGACCUCGCGCGCUGCUUAAUUUCUCGCCAUGCCACCCUCGGGGGUCGUCGCUUUCUCCCCCUCCGACUCCUGCCGUGGCGUCUCUGCUAUUCUUCUCCAGCCUCUCGGGAACAGAGGAGGAGGAGGAGGCGGUGGUGCUGGACAUGGACGCCGGCACGGUGCGGUGCGCGGCCAACCAGGCGCCGCUGUCCCCCAUCAGCUUCAUCGAGCGCGCCGCCGCCGUCUACGGGCCCCGCCCCGCGGUGGUGUACGGGGACCGGCGCCACACGUGGGCGGAGGUCCGGGGGCGCUGCCUCCGCGUGGCGGCCGCGCUCGCCACACGCUUCGGCGUCGCGCGCGGUGAUGUGGUCGCUGUCCUCAGCCCCAACGUGCCGGCGAUGUACGAGCUGCACUUCGCCGUGCCCAUGGCCGGCGCGGUGCUCUGCACGUUCAACACGCGGCACGACGCGGCCAUGGUGUCGUUGCUGCUGAAGCACUCCGGCGCCAAGGUGUUCGUCGUCGAGUCAAACCUCCUCGACAUCGGGAGAGCCGCGUUGAAGCGCCUCGGCGAGUCCAACUCCGCCGCCGCCGCCCUUCCGGUUCUGCUCACCAUCUCAGACGACACCGACUCCGACGACUACGAGGAUCUCGUCAGGAACGGCCCCGCCCGGUUCGACAUCCGGUGGCCGGCGGACGAGCUGGACCCGAUCUCUCUGAACUACACGUCCGGCACGACGUCGCGGCCCAAGGGCGUGGUUUACAGCCACCGGGGCGCGUACCUCAACACCAUCGCCACGGUGCUCGCGUACGACAUCACCGCCAUGCCGACGUACCUGUGGACCGUGCCCAUGUUCCACUGCAACGGCUGGAACCUGCCGUGGGGCGUCGCCAUGCAGGGCGGCACCAACGUGUGCCUCCGCCACUUCACCGCGGAGGUCAUCUUCGACAGCAUCGCGCGCCACGGCGUGACGCACAUGGGCGGCGCGCCCACGGUGCUGAACAUGAUCGUCAACGCGCCGCCCGCGGAGCGGAGGCCGCUGCCGGGGCCCGUCCGCGUCAUGACGGGCGGCGCGCCGCCGCCGCCGCGCGUCCUGUUCGCGGUGGAGGAGCUCGGCUUCGUGGUGUACCACAUCUACGGCCUCACGGAGACGUACGGCCCGGCGACCGUGUGCACGUGGAUGCCCGAGUGGGACGCGCUGCCGGCGGAGGAUCGCGCGCGGCUCAAGGCGCGACAGGGGUUCCACCACAUCGCGAUGCAGGACGCGGACGUCAAGAACCCAACAACGAUGGAGAGCGUGCCGCACGACGGUGAGACGGUGGGCGAGGUGAUGUUCCGAGGCAACACCGUGAUGAGCGGCUACUAUAAGGACCUCAGGGCGACCAUGGAGUCGAUGGCCGGCGGGUGGCUGCACACCGGGGACCUCGCCGUGCGGCACCCCGACGGGUACAUCGAGCUCAAGGACCGGGCCAAGGACAUCAUCAUCUCGGGCGGCGAGAACAUCAGCUCCAUCGAGGUGGAGUCGGUGAUCUUCAGCCACCCUGCCGUGCUCGAGGCGGCGGUCGUGGCGAGGCCAGACGACCACUGGGGCGAGACUCCGUGCGCGUUCGUCAAGCUCAAGGACGGCGCCAGCGCUACGGAAGCGGAGAUCAUAUACUUUUGCCGGGAGAGGCUGCCCCACUACAUGGCGCCCAAGACGGUGGUGUUCGAGGAUUUGCCCAAGACUUCAACGGGGAAGACGCAGAAGUUUGUUCUCCGUGAUAAGGCUCGCGCCAUGGGCAGCCUGACAAAGAUUGCCAGUAGCAAAAUGUAA